AGAAGAACAUGUUCUUAAAACCACAAGAAAGAAGAGACAACCAGCCGGGGCCCCUGCACAAGAAAAAGCCUCCUGCGCUUCCUAAUGGCUUGAGCUUGGACUCCUGCAAGAACAAUUACCACCACCACCAAUCAUCAGACCAGGAGAACAACCCCCACCUGGCACAUGCACAAGGGAAGAAGAACAAGAAGAAACAUCUGAACAAGAAGCACUCAGUGCUGAAACCUGGUCAGAAGAACUGCAAGGCCAGUGACAGCGAGAGCGUGAGCGGCGAGUCGAAGCCCUCCGUCAGGAACAGUUCCAGGGACAGGCUGACAGAUGUGAGUACGCCAACCCCUUAAACAAC